AUGGAAUUCACCAAAACUUAUCUUAUUGGCACUUGCUAUUUAUAUACUCAGUGUCUUUAUUGCAAUAAAGAGCCAAGUCACAAAUCUCUUAAUGUAUCUACUAGUUAUAAUACUAGUAGUUAUGAUAUUAUUAAUCCUAAUUAUGAAGUGCCAAUUCACAAAUAUGAAACAAGCAAAUUUCAAGAAACAUCGCCUCUUAGUAGUGAUACAUCUAUUGAUAAUAGUGUAUCAACUAGUUAUGAAAAUAAUAGUUAUGAUAAUUAUAAUGAAAAGCCAAUUCUAUAUGAUUUAUUUGAAAAUAAUUUUCAUAUUAGUAAAGAUAAAGAUCAUGAGUAUAUAUCAGAAUUUAUAGUAAAGCUAUAUAUUAAAGAUCAAUAUAGAACUAUACUUCCAGCUAAAUGA